UUGGUAUUGAUAGGGGUAUGCGCAGUGAGACGUAAAAAGGGUUUUAAUUAUAGAACUGAUUUUCUCAAACCGGACCUUAUUCUAUUAAUAAUUUAUUAUUAAUAUUCGAUUGUCGACGUAGACUUGAUGUUCAACAAUGUUGAUUAACAAAGCUGUGUUACCAUUCAUCACCACUCUGUAUUUAACAACAGGAUAUCCCAGUGAAAAGGGAGAGUUAUAUCAAUCCGAAGAGGGGCUAUGGUGCCGGUUAUGUCUUCCUGGAACGUACUUAAAAGCAUCAUGUACAGAGAAUUAUGGAUUAUCAACGUGUGAGACCUGUUCAAGCGGUACAUUUUCUAACAGGUCUAACUCCGCCACUCAGUGUCAAGAUUGCGCAGUAUGUCCGCUAAGCACCAUUACAGAAAAAUCUUGCACACACUUCAGUGAUGUUGUAUGUGUAUGUUCCGAAGGAAAAAUGUGGAUACCUCUAAAUAAUGGGCAUGAUGGCAGAUGCAUCGAUGAAAGGUUUAAGUACGUGUCACCAAAUGGUUUAACCUGUCAGAUGUGUCCAGAAGGAACUCAUUUAAAUUCACCGUGUAGUAUACAGCAUGGAACGUCUACGUGUACAACUUGUCCACCACUGACGUUCUCAAGUAAACCAAAUCAAGCCCUUUAUUGUGCUUCAUGUACGAUAUGUCAACGUGGUCAACGUGAAACGUCCCCGUGUUCUAGAACCAGGGAUACUAUUUGUGAAUGUCCUGAAGGAUACUUCUGGCAGAUCAUUGUGGAAGAUCAGGGAAUAUGUCGACCACAUUCCGAAUGCAAAUCUGGACAACUCGUAAUUCAACCAGGUACGUCAACUUCAGAUACGGUUUGUUCCCGUAAAAAGGAUGAAUUAGUAACACCACCACCACCACCAUCAUCAUCACCUUCAAGCUUAAUGCACCAAACAGCCACUAAUGAAAAUAACAAUCUGAUGUUUCAAAAUGAUGUUGAUUUUACACAGUCGCUUACUAUUAGUCGCACGCUGGAUGCGAUUUCAAAACCUACAACUGAACCGAAAAGGCAUCAAAAUAAAUCCAUAUCAAACCAAUCGCAGGAAAUAUGGUCUAAAGUUACCACACGUUCAACUGGAAGGCCUAUAAUGGAGAUGGUUUUAACAUUAGCACCACCACACCCCUUGGCGACGAAAGACAAGAAGACCCUUACAAGAAGAAAAAACCAACGCUUUAUUAAAAAUGAGAAGAAACGUAAGCGGUGCCAUAAUAUAAACAAACUUAGCAAAAUUGAUAAAAAGCGUUGUCGUUAUAGCAAAAGAACUAGAAAGCACGGACGAAAAAGAAACAGAAAACACGGACGAAAACGAACUGGGAAACACGGACGAAAGCAGGGUCUAAAACGAACUAAAGAACACGGACGAAAACGAACUAGAAAGCACGGACGAAAACAGAUUGCAUCUAAAGCAAAACCUUCAUCACAAUAUGAAAUGAGUACAAAGAAAGACUUGCAGUACACGGUAUCGCCUAAACGGUUAGCAGAACACAACAAUCACAAAUCAAAACAGAGAUCCAAGAACAGGAGGAAAAUAAGCAGAAGAAAAAUUAAAAGGAAUCAAACAAAAAGAAACAUAUCCAUUAUAUCUCCUUAUUAAGAUACAAAAUGUAGAACAAAUCAAAUUAUGCCUCCUCAGUUUGUGUUAAUCUAACAUCGCGUAGUGAUAAUAAUAACAGAGUCGACUAACAACCUUUUACAUUGUUAUUUGAUUUUUGGGGGGUCUUUGGAAAUAUAAAGAUUAGUAUACGUCAAGGUAUGGUACAUAAUUGACAUUGCUAACUAUUCGGAAAUUGUUAAUUGCCGUUCAAGGAAGGCAGACCACCAUUAAUUUUCAUCAUCCCGGUAUCCACGAUUUGUAGUGUUUCUAUAUAAAAAUAUAGUGAUUCUGACUCUCCCCUGUGUGCCUUUUGUGUGGUCAGUUUUGUUGAAUUUUUGGUCUAGAAUGGAAGACGAGGGUUUGAAUUAACAUUUUCUUUCAGGGUUUGGUAUAUAUUCAUUGUUUAAAGGUGGAAGGAUAACAGAAUUACAUGUAAUAGCUUUGCGACGGAGUUAUAUACGGGGGAUAUUUACAUCCACUUCAAGGUAGUAUAUCUCAAAAUUUGAAUGGUCAACGAAAUGAAAUGUGGUUUAACGUUCUGCACCGAACAGGCUAAUAAAGGCGUUACUGUUCAACGAAAAUUUGGAAAACAAAAGUGAAAAUAAUGGUGGUCUGCAUCCAAAACUACAAGAGUUCUUUCCCCUGACCUUUAUAUUUGAAUUGCAUAGGCUAUUUCUUUUUAUUUAUACAUAUAUUUAAUAGUAUUUAUAUAUUGAUCAUCUAAUUUAUAAUAUUUUCUAGUAUAUUUUUUAAAAAUAAAAAUUAAUAAAAUUGAAUAAACUU